UUUAUGAGAUGAAGUUCCCGGACUUGUGCGUUUACUAGUGCAGCUCAACUCAGGAUUCAGGAACCUUCAGUAGCAGCCAGAGGCCCAUGCAGUCUAUCAAAUCCAAGCAGCGGCCAUCUGCAUAUGGACUGUGAAAACACAAGACUGCUGCAGCCAAAAGCCAGGAAGGACCGAGCAUCUGAAAACAAGAAACAAGACCAGAUCAGUUCUUCCGUCCCUCAGGUGCGUGGCAACCCCUCAAGGCUGGAAGAUGAUCAGGUGAAUCAGAAACCGAGCAUCAGAAACAGAGUCAAUACAGUGACUCUGACACCUAGACAGUGUGACAAGUUCUCCUCGAGACUGGAGGUCAGAGAGCUUGUACCCUGGCCGUCUCCCCCAGGGUCCUUCCAACAAGGUGGGAAGAGGGGGGUCAGCCGAAGCGAUCACAUGGAGGGCAGGCCUCUCUCGCCCCUCUUGCUGGCUGUACUGUUUCUGGCAACAAGUGCGAGCGAUGAUGACCACUCACUGCACACGCAUCAGGUCAGUACGGCUCAGUGUGGAGAAUACAGCAAUCAGGUCCUGGAGGACGGCAUGUGUCAACUCAUGGCCACGCUACCCCAGCUGGACGACCAACGCUGCCCGGACAUGUUCCGCUGUACGGAUGAAGUGUCAUACUGGCUUCAUGAGAACGAGGAACGCAAACAGCAGAUUCUGGCCCUGCGGGAGACAGUGUCCGAACUUCAGGAGGAGCUUCGCAACCACCGUCAUCGAGUCAAAGUCUUAGAACUACAGGUGCAGCAUGUCAGGAACUACCCCAUCGACUGUGCCUCCAUCUACUAUAACGGAGUGCGCCGCUCUGGGAUCUACACCGUGGUGCCCUCACUAGGGGCCAUGCCCGUGGAAGUCUACUGCGAUAUGGACACGGACGGUGGCGGCUGGACUGUGAUCCAGCGUAGGCAAGAUGGCUCUGUGAACUUUGACCGCAGCUGGAAGGAGUAUAAAGAGGGAUUUGGAGACCUGCACACCGAAUACUGGCUGGGAAAUGAACACAUCCAUGACCUGAGCAGUCAGGGAGACUAUAUGCUCCGUAUCGACCUGGAGGACUGGAGCGGGAAACACAAACACGCUGUUUAUCAGAGCUUCAGUGUGGAGGACGAGAGCACUCAGUACCGUCUGUGUGUGUCGGGCUUCAGCGGGACUGUGGAGGACUCCUUCAGCUGGUACCAUGACAAGCAGAGCUUCAGCACACCCGACACAGGCAACAUCUGUGCCGAGAUCUCCCACGCUGGCUGGUGGUUCAACCAGUGUUUCUACGCAAACCUCAAUGGCAUCUACUACAAGGGCGGCCGCUACUCGCUGAAGGGGAAGAACCCUCUUGGUCCAGACGGUAUCGUGUGGUACACCUGGAAAGAUUCAGAUUAUUACUCUCUGAGGAAGGUCAGCAUGAUGAUCCGACCCAGAACCUUCCAACAGCAUCUGUCACCCUGAAUCAGGCCCAACCGAUGAGCUUGGGCCCAUACGUCAACCAGCCAAUCACAGUUCUCAUAGCCACGGCGACACAGGACGGAUGGAUUCUUCCAUGGUGAAACAGAGGAAAAUCUAUGUAUGGACUGAAUGUUUUCAAGGAGGCUGUGAAACCAUUUUUUAGGUUUAUACCAAAGACUAGAGAAGGACUGCUGCUGAGACAGUGAAAACAAUCAUUGAAAGUCAGUGUUUGCCAUUCAGUGAGUCUAAAGUGUGUUACAUGCCUAUAUUUUCUAUAACCAUGGUGUUAAGAAUUAAAUAUUUUGUUGACAUUUUAUAAAUGUGUAUUAAAAGUAGAUUUAGUUUCUGUAGCAUACAAUGGGACCAAAGACGAUUGAUUUAAUGUUUUUUCUCCAAAGCCCUAAAUAGCAACAAAUAUCCCACAGCACUUUCUUAAACACCUGUUUGCCACUAUUUCCUGAUCAAUAGAAUGAUUACAUGAUUAAUGAUAUAUUAUUGUAUUUAAUCAAAUAUACAG